AUGUCGGGGAUUUCUUCGGUGUACCCACCACCACCUUGGUACUACAAACAUUUUACGAAAGCAAAUAUAGAAAAGUUUGAACAACUGCAAAGAGAGCGGAAGGAGCAGAAACCCAAUGACUUAGAAACCACAAUAAAAGGAGAACAGGGGAAUGACGGUAUUCAACCGACGGUAUCAGUCAAAAUAGAAACAGAAACAAGCGAGCCAUCUCAGCCGGCAGAAUUGGCAAAAACAGUAGAUGAAAGUUCAGAAAAACCUUUAGAAUUUCCAUUAAACUUGCUAGAACCACCGACACGGCCCCCUAAUACGACCUCGUACCGUGGAUUUGGCAACAUAUGGCAAGUAGACGAUAAACUACUACCUUUAGAAGAGGUUGGAAUUCGCCAAUUAUACCAGGAUAUAGGUAAAGGAAGUAAUGGCACGGUAGUUGCAUCUUCCAGCUCGGAAGUGGUCCCUAUAGCUUCGGAAUCUGUUCAAGCUAGUCAUAAGGAGCAGAUUUGGGAACUGAAGAAGCUGCUCAAAUCAGUCCUGGUGAAUUUCCUGGAAUUAGUGGGUAUCAUGGCUACUGCUCCGGAGAAGUUUCCUGCAAAAGUGGAAGAUAUUAGAGUCAUAGUCAUAAAUAUGCAUCACCUUCUGAAUGAAUACAGACCACAUCAAGCGCGAGAAAGCCUGGUGCUGCUAAUAGAGGAUCAGAUUCAGACCCGCCGCAGCGAAAUCAACAGUCUGAAAGAGUCCAAUGACGCAAUUCGAAACAAAAUUACCGGUCUAGCCCAACAGCUGACUGGAAUACUAGCGGAAACAACAGCCAAGGCUGCGGACCUCAACCAAGAAUAUCUUGCUAGUACAUCGCAUCAGGAUGAACUUCCAACUUCUGGAGACCGUAAAACUAGGGACCUAGCCUUGUGGGACCUACUACAACGGCAGGGUAUUCAGAUAUAA